AAAUUAUUGUUCUUCGUGCCUCUUGUACACAAUGGAGUGCCUGCUUUAGGAAUUAGGAAGCUGAAUACGAUGCUAUUCUAAUUCCUUAUGAUCGGGGUACAAUUCUUAUUAGGACCGGAUGAAAGCUCCUGUCGCGCAAUUUUGAGAAUUUAUUCUGAUUUCUGGAUUCGGCGUCAGUUGGAUCUUCAUCGUCCUCCAGUAUCGAUUCAAACCCUAACGAUUAAGGAGAUCAAUUUGAAGGAUCUCAGUACAGAUAAGAGAGAGGGAGAUUGUGUGUAAAUAUGGCAUCCUCAGCAACAGCUGGUAAUCCAAUCAAUAAGAUCGAGAGAGCGCACCAGAUGUAUAGAGAGGGCAAGUAUGAGGAAGCGCUGGGUUUUUACACAGAAGCGCUUUCUUUGGCCAAGACUAAGUCCCAAAAGAUUGCUCUCCACAGCAAUCGAGCUGCUUGUUUUCUUAAACUUCACCUUUUCAACAAGGCAGCAGAUGAAUGUACAUCAGUUCUUGAGCUUGAUCACAAACACACUGGAGCUCUGAUGUUGCGUGCUCAAACCCUAGUCACUCUCAAGGAGUAUCACUCGGCACUUUUUGAUGUCAACAGGCUUAUUGAAUUGAAUCCAUCAUCGGAAGUAUAUCAGAACCUUCAUGCUCGCUUGAAGACACAGCUGUCACUAGCUCCAAUACCUGAAGCUGAAGUAGAACUUGAAGAAGAUGAUGAGGAAGACGUUGCAGAGCUUGAAGAUAGUGAGGAAGAUGUUUCAGAGCUUAAAGAUGACAAGGAAGAACGUACUAAUAGCAGUGAAUGUAACAAGGAUGUUGAAUUUCAAAUAGCAAGUGAAAAGAAAGUGGAGUCCGGAAAGGCUACUCCCACAACUGAAGUUGCGACUCAAGUUGAGAACCUUGAGAAAUCACUUCAACAACAAUCUGCAGGAUGGCAAGCUAUCCCGCAACCAAAAGGACACUCACGCCUUGACUACUCUCGGUGGGACAGGGUUGAAGAUGAGUCCAGCGAAGAAGAAGAUGACGAUGAAGAAGACGAACCUAAGCCUCAGUAUAGGUUCCGAGUCAAAACAGUUGGCGUGCGUGCUGUUAAAUGAGAAAACGAAAACGUUGUUAAAACCGAUCCAAGCAUGCAAGUGCUGGUUCAUUUGUCCGUUAACCCGCUGCAUCGAAGCCAUGUGGCAUGUCAUGUCGCCCUCUUUUCUUCUACACUGUGUGAGCUCUCUGGUUGGAUGGCUUUAGUCUUGUGGUCAGCAAGUAGGGCGCUAACUUCCAUGGAACCUGCUGAAACAGCUUGUGCAACUGUGCAGGCUCCAUAUUUGAAGUGAUGGAAGCAGAAAAUUGUCACUGGAAAGACCAAUCCUUUGAGAUAUUGCCCAGAUGGACACAUAGGACAACUUACAGUCCUUUAUGCUGCUUGCUGAUUGUAUUCUUGUUCUGCCUUUGUCUCUAUAGUCCUAAGGGGAAUUCUUCAGCAUCUCUCUACUCCAUUUUAUAUUUUUUGUAAAUCAAUAAUAUCAUUCUGUCAUCUAUCCUCCAUUGCUCUUCAUUCACUAUUUGGUUUAUUUAUUUGUAAUCUAUACAUAAAUCUCUUUUUUUCCUGAGAAUUACAGUGAGCAAAUACAUGUAUUAGAUUCUAUUUGUUGGCAACAAUUGCUUGAAA